AUGUUUCUACCAAGCCUGCUUUUGCUGCGACAUUCCACGCUCAUUCAUUACGUUGGGGUCGUCGGGGACGAGUCUACACCUUCGAAUAUCCGCGACCGUGGUAUGGUCUCAGUCCGAACAGGAAUAGCAACGUCAGGUCUAAACAACAACGAUUCCUAUGCGACUGGUAUUCUUUUAACCUCGAGGGCCAGUCCUAGACAUUGCCUUCGAUCCGGCAAUGUCUAUGCAAUGACUUUCAGGCUUAUAGCGUCGAACACAUCGUCGAUUGACCAUUUGCAUUUUAAUCCUAAACACGUUAUUGACCUCGGCGUUUCUUCCGUUUCGAAACUGGCGAACUUGAGGAAGACAAUGGACAAGGUAUCCAUCACAGCUCAUGGACACGUUAACAGUCGGAUGAGCAUCCUAGAAGUUGGAUCUAUCGUGCCUACUGUCGUGAUAACAAUCACGUCUGUUGACAAGGAUCCCACUACCUUGAGUCCGGUAGUGUGGUCAACUAAGCAUUAUAUUAAGGGUCAAGUUCAAGAAACCAUUUCCAUCAACAAAUGCCACGAAGGAGCAGAGAUUAUAGUCCAUGGUGUCAUUAAGGACUAUGACGAGACCGAGGAAAUGUGGGCCAGCGAAGUUGAUUCUAUUAGUAUCAUCAAAGGAUCGGAUAUCCCAAUGGAACGCAAGAUUCUACACACGGUCCAGCCCGUGAAUACGCCAUCGAGUACUGUGUCAGUGGAUAGUGUUGGUAGUGGUCUUGCUGACUACAGUGGCAUGGUUUUAUCUUACGAUGGUGCAGACAUCGAUCUAGGUCAGGCCUUGCGGGAGCUAUUUAGCGAUAACCAUCCAUCUACACCUACUCUUAGCGAGCGGAAGAGAGGCAGGGAUGAGGCGCAGAUGUGA